UUAGAAGAAGGUUCGCUCAGAGGAGAAAAAGCUGCUGUUGUUUUUUUAGAUAGAUCUAUCGAAGUGAAGCGAUCUAUCGAGAGAGAGAGAGAGAGAGAGAGAGAGGUAUUGGAGUUUAGAUGGCGAUACUGUACGCGCUGGUUGCGCAUGGAUCGGUGGUUCUGGCGGAGUUCACGGCGGCGUCCACUAAUGCCAGCUCUAUCGCUAAGCAAAUUCUGGAUAAGGUACCGGGAGAUAACGACACUAACGUUUCAUAUUCGCAGGAUCGAUUCAUCUUCCACGUCAAACGCACCGAUGGACUCACUGUUCUUUGUAUGGCCGAUGAAAGUGCCGGAAGGCGAAUUCCAUUUACAUUCCUUGAAGACAUUCAUCAGAGAUUUGUGAGGACAUAUGGAAGAGCAGUAUUUUCAGCCCUUCCUUACAGCAUGAAUGAUGAAUUUUCAAGGGUCUUGAGCCAGCAGAUGGAAUAUUACUCUAGCGACCCUAAUGCCGAUAGAAUAAAUCGACUUAAAGGUGAAAUGAGUCAGGUGAGAAACGUUAUGAUAGAGAAUAUUGACAAAGUUUUAGAGAGAGGUGACCGCUUGGAAUUGCUGGUCGACAAAACUGCUAAUAUGCAAGGAAAUACCUUCCGCUUCAGGAAGCAAACUCGCCGAUUUAGAAACACAGUAUGGUGGAGAAACGUCAAGCUUACGGUUGCUCUUAUAAUCCUCCUCGUAAUUAUUGUUUAUGUCGUGCUGGCUUUUGUUUGCCACGGGGUCACGCUACCUUCAUGCCUAAAAUGAGGUCAACGAUUUUAGAUUCGAAUUCCUCCGGUCCUUCCCCAUGGAAUCCCGUUUCCUUUGCUUGGUGAUGUUUUGUUUCCACUUCCUCUGCAGUGAGUUGUAUACUAUUUAUUUAUUCAAUGUCAAAGAACUAGAAUUUUCAUGCCGCUAUUGUGUAUCCAUAGUUUCUUGUGAAGUCUGGAACUGGUUGGUGUUUGUGUCUUGAAGACGUUGGUUGAUCAAAAUUUAUCUAAGACCGUGUAAUUCUUUUUCCUUAUG